AUGAGUAAUAGUUAUUUAAAACUCUUUUAUCUUGAUCUUGCUGUGAAUUUCACCACAAACUCACCUUCAUACACGAAGAUCGAUAAAUUUAUAAAUUUCCCACAAAUACAAUAUGCAGCGGAUUAUGCGAUUGACUCAGGGAUAAUAUUGUUUGGUGGAAGGCGCCCAGAUUCAGGAACAUAUCAAGAUAGCGACACAUUGUAUAUGAUUAAUAUCUCAAAUGCAAAUGCAUCAGCUACAUGGUCUUCUGCUUCUACAAAUCGUACUGAUAAUCCAAGCGCUCGAACAAAUAUUAGAACUGUAAUAGAUGAUAAAGGAAAAUUAUAUAUAUGGGGUGGAAUGGUUAAUUUAAAGGGAUAUUACGAUAAAACAAUGUACAUUUAUGAUACGAAGGAAUCUUCUUGGGCUAGAGUUACGCCACCAAAUGCACCCGAACCAAGGUUCAGUUAUUCUGCAACGCUUUUACCAGAUGGUCGUAUUAUUUUUAUUGGUGGUAACGUGACUUCGUCUAAUAACUCUGUUUCAGCAGACGUAAAUCAAGUUUUGAUAUAUGACACUAAUGUAACCCAAGCCUCUCCGUGGAAAGUUAGUAACGCUAAAAACGAUACUAUGAUUCCAAACCGAAGAGGUCAUGCAGCUGUACUUGCUUCAGAUGGAUAUAGCAUUAUCAUAUACGGAGGAAUAGGCAAACCAAGCAUCGAUACGAGUACUGCACUUUUCGUAUUAGAUACCAGAACAUUCAUAUGGAAACAAAUCAAUGGAAUAAAUCAACCUACACGAAUUCCUGCAUACGCAACUGCAACGUUAUUCCAAAAGUAUAUGAUUAUAGCAUUUGGCGAUUAUAAUGUUGCAGCAAAAGGAAGCAGCGAUUUGACAAUUUUGAAAAUAGAAAACGACACAUAUACUUGGGUCAAUGAAUAUCGAUAUAUUACGGAUCCAACUUCGCUGAAUUCGAGUAUACCAAUAACACCCCAAAAUACUAACUAUUCGACUUCCGUUCCUCAUAAUUUAAUUAUUGUUGUUGUACUCUGCUCAGUUGGAAUUCUCAGUUUGAUGGGAUUAAUAGCUUUUGUGUUAUAUAGGCGUCGUCAAAAGCAUGAACGUGACUUAAUUGCUCAUGAACGUUCGAACGAAGUAAGACAUAGACCAGAAGCAGUCGAACAUGACUUAAUUGCUCAUGAACAUUCAACUGAAGUAAGACAUGUAUCAGAAGCAGUCGAACAUGACUUAAUUGCUCAUGAACAUUCGACUGAAGUAAGACAUAUACCAUAA